AUGUGUGGCGGGAGACGUGCGCGGCGGCGGGGUCCGGACGUCAAGACGUCGGCGGCGCCGCCAGAACUGUUCCAGGGGUCGGAGGACAUCGCGGCGGGCGCGGCGCACCACGGGCAGUGGGGCAUAGUGGAGAUGCAGGCGGCGCUGCACGCGCUGGCCCAAGCGGCGCAAGGGAUUGGCCACGGCGCGGGGGGGGCGGAGGUGCCGGACGUGCUGGCGGCGCCCGUCAAGGAGCUGUGGCUGUGGCUGGGGAGCGCGUCCCCGCACGGCGCGGCUCAGAUCCCGCCCCUCAACACCGGGCUCCCUGAUCUGGGCGCUGGGGUCGACCUGGAUUGGGACUUCAUGCUCAACCAGGAGGUGGACUACAGACCCCUGGCGGGGGUCGUCAGGGGGGCCCCCGGGGACGACGUCCUGCCCGCCGUGGCGGACGAGGUGGCGUCUCGCCUGGCCCUCUCCCGAGACAUGGACCCCGCGUCGUUCAGGACGCUGUUCGCGGGGUCGACGUCGCUGCUGAACGCCAUGGCGGCGGCGCUGUCCCGCCUGCAGCCCGCCGACCUGUCUCAGGUGGCCUCCGCCUUUCGCGGCCUCAUCUCCAACGACGGCUGGGGCGGCCCGCCGCAGGCGCUGGGCCCCAGCCACAGGCAGCUCGUCCUCAUAUUGGGCGCUGCCACGGCCGUAAUCGCGGCUUGUCUUCCGGUUGGACAGAGCGGUGCGCGCAGCGGGAGCGAGGUGGGGGAGGACGUCGAGCGGCUGGUGGCAAAGUACGACUCCAGUCGACUCUUCGACUUCUGGACCGCCAGGGGCGCCAGGGUGCUGCGCAGGCAGGCCGCCGUGGGCUCCAAGGCCAUGGGCUUCCUGGCGGCCCUGCUGCUGGAGUGGCGCGCGGGCACCCUGGACGCCAACCUGGGCCCCUUGGCGCGGCGGUGCAGGGCGAUGAUCGAGGACCUGGGGCCGGCAUUCGUGAAGGUCAUGCAGGCGCUGUCCACGCGAGGUGAUGUCUUCCCCCCGGAGUUCCUCCAGGAGUUCGUCAAGCUCCAGGAUCAGGUGCCCGCCUUCGACGAUUCCGAGGCCCUGAGCGCGCUGGACCGCGAGCUGGGCCGGCCGCACGGCACGGUCUUCGAGUGGCUCUCCGACGGCCCCAUGGCGUCCGCCUCCCUGGGGCAGGUCUACCACGGCCUGCUGCGGAAGGAGCACGGCGGAGGCGAGGUGGCCGUCAAGGUGCAGCGGCCCGACAUCAUUGAGGGCAUAUCCCUGGACGUCUUCCUGCUCCGCCGCCUGGCCACCGCGUUGGGCAUGUUCCCCAUGCUGCACGAUAACUGGUCCGCCACGUUCGACGAGUGGGCCAGCCGGUUCUUCGAUGAGCUGGACUACACGAAGGAGGCGCGCAGCGCGACGGAAUUCAGGCGCCAGAUGGAGAAGCUGCCGGGCGUCACGGUGCCGCGUGUGUACGCCGAGCUGACGACCCGGCGGGUGAUGACGUCGGAGUGGGUGGCCGGAGAGAAGCUGUCGUCGGCCAGUGUCGUGGACUCCCGGGCCACCUGCCGGACCAUCCUCAACUGCUACCUCAUCCAGCUGCUGGAGACCGGCUUCCUGCACGCCGACCCGCACCCCGGCAACAUCCUGUGCACACCGGACGGCAGGAUCUGCAUCCUGGACUUCGGCCUCAUGACGCAGGUGUCCAAGGAGCUGGGCUUCAUACCGGCGGGGGUCCAGAUUGAGGACCACGCGGACCUCCAGGAGAUCCUGCAGCGCAUUUUUGGCGACAUGGUGAACGGCGGCGGCCUAAGGGUGGGGAAGAUAAGGUCGGAGCUUUCCAGGGCUGCCAGCGACCACAACCUGGUCAUCCCGCCCUAUUUUGCGCUCAUCCUGCGCGUGUUCUGCAUCAUUGAGGGCGUGUCGUUGAGCAUGGAUGACAGGUUUGCCAUCGUCGGGGAGUGCCUGCCCUAUUUGGCAAGGAGGCUGCUUGUGGACAACGACCCAAAGGUGCAGGAGACGUUGAAGAUGUUGCUGUACGGAAGGGAAGGGAAGCUGGACGUUGAGAGACUUCGCAAGCUUGUGUCCGCGUUGGCGACAUUCACUACAGACGCCUCGCGGCCGGAGGAUCCGGACCUCCUGCAUCCGCAGCACAUGUUCCUGUCCCUGGAGGAGCGCGUCAAGGGCCAGGAACUGCGGUUCGAUUCUUUCGAUGACGCCCUCCGGCCCCAGCCGGGUCCUGUGCUCAACGAGGCGGUCAAGGAAGCCCUCCGAGCGGUGUUCUCCCAGGAGGGCUCCUACGCCCAGCAGCUGCUCGUCGACGAAAUGGUCACCUCUGUGGAAACCAUGUCCCUGGCGGCCCUCCUGGAGCUCUUCCAGAUGGUCCUGGGAAGCGUGUCCACCUUCGUGACAAUGUCGCCGCGCACCGGCAGGGCCGCCGUCCUGGCGCCCGCCCUGGCGCCCAUCAUGGCGACCAUGCACAGCGUCCCCUCCAUGAUCAGCGGCCCGGUGGGCGAGCUCACCGACGAGGACAGGCACAUCCUGAACAACGCCAGGGCCAUACUGGGGAUGGUGGCGCCCAGGGUGGGGCUGGGCGCCAAGCCCCUGAGCGUGCUGACGGCCGCCAGGGACGUGCUGCCCCUGGCCUCGGAGCUGCUGCCGGGCCUGGUGUCGACGAUGGCGAUGUGCGUGCAGGAGUUCGCGCGGAGGAGGGCGCUCAAGCUGGCGGAGGACCUGGACCCCAAGGCCCGGGUGUCACAGGGGGGAGACGCCUUCUCCUCCGUGUAG